CCCUUGACAAGCUAAACAGUCCUCUCUCUGACAUAUUUAAGCGUGAGUUUUGCUGUUUAUUGAAUAUAAAUGUGAGUUUAUGAAGCCUGUGAAACAGCCGAGGUUCGGAUAAAGAGUAUAUUUGCACACAUACAAAAGGUGUGUGAGACGUCUGUCUCUGCCUUCUCUACGUUCCUCCUGAUGGGCGGCUGGUCCCGCAGUGCCGUGCUGCAGCUGUACCGAGCACUGCUCCGUGCAGGCCAACAUCUACAGUACACCGACCGCGACUAUUACCGGCGUGCUGUGGCCCGAGAGUUCAGGCGCUGUCAGACCCUCAGCGCUCCGGCAGAGAGGGAGGACGCCCUGAAGAGAGGCCAAUUCUUCCUCAGUAGCGGCCUGGGGGGGUUGGUGUAG